GGUGGCGCUGUUGAUUAUUAUUUGAUCCUUGGUGUCUUGCUCAGCUUCAGGUUUUUGGUUCGCCACCAAUCGACCUGAGCUGAUAAAUUGAUGAAGAAAAAAUGCCAAAAAAGUUCAAAGGGGAAAAUUCGAAAGCUGCUGUUGCCAAAGAGAGGAAACAAGCCAAGCUGACAGAGGAAAAAGUAAAGAAACUGCAAGCUGAAGAUGAUGCAUACUGGGCGGACGAUGAUAAGCAUGUAGCGAGAAAGCAACAAAGAAAAGAAGACCAAGAGCGAAAGAAACAGGAAGCUCAACAGAAGAAGCUGGAAGCGAGACAGCUACUCGAGGAGGAAGAUGCUAAACUGAAGCCAACUCUUACUACAGGGCAGUAUACUGCCAAGGUUACACGAGCUCAGAUUCAGGCUCAUGCAGAGAAGGUGGCAAUGCAAGAGCGAUUGGAGAGAGCGAAGGCCAAUAAAGAAGAGAGUCACAUUGAGAAGCCUCUGGAUGAGAACAUUAAUAGACUCACGGCUGAUGGUGAAGCGGCCAGAACAGUGGCGGAGGCCAUCGCAGUGUUGUCGGUGAACGAUGAGCCAGCAUUGGACAAACACCCUGAGAGGAGAGUGAAAGCAGCCUACCUAGCGUUCGAAGAGCGCAGACUACCUGAGCUGAAAGCAGAAAACCCGAGCAUGAGACUUUCGCAGCUCAAACAAAUGCUGAGGAAAGAGUGGCAGAAGUCUCUCGAAAACCCGAUGAAUCAGUGACGUACACUUUACAGUUGGAGUAGAGGUUCCUGUAAGGUAACAUACACUGCUGAUAUAAGACCCGGUGGAUUUCAUUUUAAUAUCUGAUUGAAGCCUUGGUUCAGUGUAUCACUCCAGACACAUUGAGAUAGAUGUUGAUAUCAAAUUCCAGCCAAAUCAACUUUUUUGUCAUAUAUCCAUUGUAAUAGGAAACUACUAUUUCUGUCGUCAUAUUACAUUAUAUAUAGCAAUAGCUUGGGCUAUUUUUUUAGAAUUAGAAAUAUUGUUUCAGCUUACAAUGAACCAGCGCAACCUACAUUUCAAGGUGUAUCUUUAUUAUUUUCAAGUUAACUCGAACCAGGAGCAUUUUAAUUUAUUUAUAUUGAUUUAAUAACUUGUUUCAAAUUUGCAACUUUUUCGAGUUGAUUUAAAGAUAUUAAACGUGUAUUUCUACUUAAGAAGUAGGUGGUAAGAUAUGAUGGAAAAUAUUGAUGUCUGUCUGUUAAUCAGUGGUGGAUAAUUGAAUUGGAUACACAGAGACAAUAGGCUCAUGUGUAGCUUUCAGAAAGUAAUAAAGUGUUUAGUAAUGACUCAUUACUGCUAUCUCAUUUUCCAAAACUAAACUGCAAUGAUUGCCUGUAAUAAUAUAGACAAGGUUACCACACUU